GUCUGCUGGUGAGAGCACCUGGCAAGAUUUUACUUUUUCAGUAGAAAUUUUGAUUUUUCCUCUUUCAUUCAGGUGCCGUUCGCAAUCGCACCACUUCAAGCAACAGACAAACCAAUCAGCACUUGUAGGGAAGGGGAGAGGGAAAGCAUCGCUUUGGAUCUAGACUGUCAUUUGAAAGGAGGGAGGGUAACGCAUCCACUAGCUAGCUAGGCAGCUGACUGGAUGCACGCAUUGUAAGAUAGGAUGGAUUCUACCGGUACAUGUAUCACAGAAGGUCCAUCUUCCCGUUCCAUUGAGAUUCCAACACUGGUUCCAGGAGAAUCCAGACCGGAUGUCUGUUUGGAUAUUUCUGGAAAGCUGAUCUUUUGCUGCCAGCUGUCUCCUAGUAUGGCUUUGUUCACCCUCCACUUGGAUCCAGCGAGCCGAGCUUUAUUCGACGCUACGGAUAAUGCUACCAGGAUUGAUACUAGUGGGGACCCUCCAGAUCUCAUCCCGGAUGCUUCUACUCGUGAAAAUGGCACCAGUACUGCAAGUACUACCGGUAUGAGUGGCAUGACAGUGUUGGAUGUUCUGAUGCACCGCAAGGAAGGAUGGGGAAAAGAGCUCUUGGAAGAAACCUACCAGAGCAUUCGAUCCAUCUGGGAUCAAGAGAUUGCUUCUUGUACUACCAAUGGUGAUCAUAACCAUACUAUCCGACAAUCUACAACCACAAUACACGUGAAUGGCUUUUUGGCUCGGUUAUAUCCCAAACACCCUACAGAUUCCGAUCCCUUGGUGAUGCAUGCCCGUACCAUACGCAUCCAGGAUCAGUCCCUUAUAUUUGCCGCCGAGGAAAUGAUUAUCCAACCCAAAAUUGUCACUGUCACCCCCGAGGACCAAACGGCCCACGACAUGACGGUGGACCGCAAAAAGGAUCGACUCUUUUCCGGUCAAAAAGACAAUAGUCGCUUUGGAAAAUUUGUCGGCUUUUUGUUGAAAGAAUUUGGAGGAUACCCGGCAUUGUCCCAACAACCCGUCUUGGAUGUCGCCGGUGGAGCCGGUGCAUUGGCGUUUGAAUUGUCCAUUCGACACGAGAUUCCCACGGUUGUCGUCGAUACCCAACUGGUCCGAUUCAAAGCAUUUCAACAACGACAUUUGGAUUUCCGCAAAUACUGUUUGGUCCAACUCGCCACCGACUUGUUGCGUGUCAGUCCCAUGGCACACAAUUUGACCAAUCGUAUGCGCAUUAAUGAGUUUGAACAAAUUCAAUGCUUUUUGGAAAGUGAACAUGUCUUGGAAGCCAACGAAUUGGCCGCGAUUGGGGGCAAUCGCAAGAGUAUCCUUCCAAAAGUAGUGUCGCAGGAGGAGGAUUCAUGCAAGCUAAAUCCAGAACAAGCCAAGCUCUGCACAUUGCUCCGCAAUCGCAAAUGUUCCGUCUUGUUGGGAUUGCACCCCGACCAAGCCACGGAUCCCAUUAUUGAUAUUGGAUUGGCCUUGGGGAUUCCUUGGGCGAUUGUACCCUGUUGUGUCUUUCCCAAUCUCUUUCAAACACGACAAUUGGCAUCGUCGGGGAAACCAGUGCGGAGUUACGAGGAUAUCUGCACGUAUAUUCUGGAACGGGAUCCGUCCAUCCAACAAGCGACGCUUCCCUUUCGAGGGCGCAAUCAAGUCUUUUAUUGGCAUCCGCCAGUGGCAAACAAAGAAAAAGCAGCAGCAGGAAAAACAGACACUUGAACAGCAAGAGCAUUGACGUAACAUCAUGUUGCAUCGGCUGCUUGACGGGAUGCAAUGCAAGUACGAUUCGUCGUGAUGGCAUCGUUCUCAGCAGGCAGCAGAAUCCCACCUCAACAAAAUUUAAGCAAGCAAGAUCAGAUCGAUUCCCAAUCGAAGGGGGUUGGAAUGUUGACCACACUGUCCCAUACCAAAGCACAGACUCAACCUCAAGCCUGCACUAUGGACUGCCCGUCCUCUGGAUCGAGUUGGGUGUCGGCUCUGGGUCUUGCAGGAAGUUUCCAGGACAACAAACGCGAAUCAAGAAUCGAGAGCCAUGUGGGAACAAAAUGACAUGGCGAAUCGACAUUCGAAGAUCCAUCGAUCCACACGGAUGUCUGUUCAUCUCCUUGCUCCCACGGUGAAACUAUCAGGAAAAUGACCACGGUAUCAUGGGACAGGAAGUUGAUCACUAGGUCACAGUAAUAGGUAGUAGAAUUUCUCUUAAGAAAUCAUUAUGGGGCGUUGUGUCUAUCAAGAAACAAAGAAACAAUGGGAGGUUUACAGCUGGCGGCGCUACCAAGCAAGGAGCAUAUUGUGGUAAAGUGUUGGUGAUGCGCUUUCCAGCGAGGGAAGGUAGAAACAAAUAACAGGAGGGAUUGUAGUGUUGUUGUGUUUGUUUGUGUAGUAUUUUUUUAGGACAUGAGGGAAAGUUCCAUUCCCACCACCCCAUUAUCCCGCGAGGAGAAGCAGUCUUCCUCCAAAAGCGUCUGUCGCUCCAAGCUGGCGGCAGCAUUGUGUCUCUUUCGCAGCACCCCUGCAACGACUUUGGAUUUGACAUUCUGGAUGGCUCUUCCAAUGGCCGAUAAUUGACUGCUGUCUGAAGCACACGAAGAGGCAUCAUCAUUGCGAUCAUGUCUUUGACGAUGCCCACUUCGAUGAGCACGAAGCUGCUCGCUGAUCCAACGAUGAUAUUCCUUGUCCGUGGGCAGAGGCUUUUUGGGAUCGAGCCAUUCUCGUGGCGGUGUCAACACAAUGCGUUCCCGCGGAACAAUAUUCCUCUCGUCAUUGCUGUCCAAGGAUUGCAGUUCCAUGCCAAAAUCUUCAUCGUAGUAGUAGCCUUCGCUCAUCAUCUUUGCUGUGUUGUCUUGUGAGUGGCUUCAAGUGGUGUGGAGUCUUUUGUGUUGUGUUUCCUGGGAAGGCUUCAAUAGCUGUCCGGUUUCCUCUCAAGUAAAGUGAACAGGGAAAGAGCUAUUUUCGCCGGGUUUGUGAGCACUUGGUUGUGUUGUUGUUGGCAGUUGGCAUGGACAACACAACGUCAGUCACAGUCAUUAAUUCGUGGUGUUUUGUUCGUGAAAUAAAGCCAUCGCCAAUCGCCAAGUAAGUUGCAAGCAAGUCUUAGUCUUUCUCAAUCCCACGUGCAGACCAGUAUCUUUUCAAAUA